AUGUUUGUCCUUUAUACACAGAUGUCAUGGUUAAGCUACAUGUUGCCAAGCAACCACAGAAAAACCUUAAUGAGAAACUUUAAAGAGGUUAUGUUCUUGAUAUGUAAGUAUUCCCUCUACGUUACAAUGAUAGCAGCAUUACCAUUAGAGAUCCUCAUACACCUGGCAACAUAUGUUGAAAAAGAAGACCGCCUUAACUGUGCCCUGGUCUGCAAUCAGUGGACAGAACCAUUUUUAGACGCUUACUGGGCUAGAAUUGAUAUUGACAACAAUACUCUACAAAAAAUGUUCAACAAAUUCAGUCAAACAAUAAAAGAGUUGGCUAUGAGUAAUAUAGAUAUGAAAUACUAUAGGCAUAUUCCUAUAUUACAGCAAAAAUAUUCCAGAAUAAAGUAUUUUUUCUGGGGUGAGUUUCUAAUAGACGACUCCGUUAAAACAAAACUUGAUUGGAGUCUUUGGGAAACAUUGUCACACCUGGAAAUACAAUUUUAUCGCAAAGAGCUUGUACUGGAAACUAUCUUCGAACAACUUUCAGUAUUGACUUGCCUUGUUCACCUCGAGAUCUCCAGAGCGCACUCUAGCGAAGAAAACUUCAGCACCUAUCUGACCGACUUUGAAUCGCUUCACCGCCACUUGCCACGGCUGGAAUAUAUUGACAUACAUACCUUUAUUAAACCAAUACACGAAAGAGAAAUAGAAAUGAUAAGAAGAGUCGAGCCAGCACACAGUAUCAGAACGGUGAUUUUUUCUUCUGAUGCUAUUGACACACUGUGGAUAUUUUACUUUGCGCACAAGUAUCCCAAUCUUCUCAGCUUUGAUUUAGCCUACCAUGCACCCCCGCGCAGUUUGAUUCCAAGAUCUUGCGAAGACCCGCAGUAUCAGAGUCGACUUCAAAUACUGCUAUCUCUCAAACAAUUCUUUCCUUGUCUACAAAUAACAAAAACAAUUACCCGCAAUAAUGAGUUCUGGUUACAUAGAAUAUUUCAUGACGCCCUUCAACAUUUCAACGUAAAGAUUAAGUAUCCCAAAAUUACUUAUUUUGGUGAAACUUUAGAAGAGAAUGAUAUAAGCGAUUGGAUCAAAUACUUUUCUGAAUCGGCAAUUUUUUUACAUGUUUCCUCCAUAUUUGCCGUACGUGCAGAAGCCAAACUACUCGUACCUUGCCACAAGUUGACUGUAUUGUACAUUAACUAUACUACUAUGCUCGAUAUGGAAAAUAUUUUGGAUAAUUGCCCAGUCUUGCAAUCAUUAUAUAUAUGUUAUUCAUAUAUUUGCUCCCCCGAGUAUCCACAGCCUACACACUUACCACACUCAUUGCAAAAACUGGAUAUUAAGCAUACAAAAAUGAAUUCACAUACUUUUAAAUACAUAUCUUUCCGUUGUGAGCAACUGAAAUACAUGAAAUUGGAGGAUAUCAGACUAUAUCAUUCUGACUCUGAAGAAACCGGGCAGCUCCUAGUGGAUAUGCCUUUUUCGCAACUAAAAAUAUUAAGUACAUCCGAUAUCACGUUUUUUUUUGAAAACAAUUUUUUAUAUGCUUACAAAUGUGUUAAGCAUUUUGUCAUUGAGCAACUGAAAAAUGUCAGCAUCAACCGAUUGGACCAAAGUAAUCAGGAACGGACACCUCUAUCAAAUUGGUACCAUGUGUGUAUUGACGAAACAAACGGGAAAGAAAGAAUCUUUGCAUGGGAACUUGGAAAACGUGACAUUGAAUUUGCACAGAGAUACUACAAAGACUUCCGACGAAGAAGCCAGCAGGAUAAGGAACGAAAUGACAUGGAGGAAUUUGGCAAAGGUUAUAAAAUCAAGAGGUUUUGGAAAAGAGAUCUUAAGGAUUGUGUCUUGAUAUUUCGAUUCAAAUCUGUUGAAGACUGUUCUAUUGAAGAAAGUAGUAUAUUUAAACAUGUUCAUUCAAGAUUAGGAUCAGGAUCAGGAUCCGGGUCAGAAUAG